GUACAUUAUAGUGCUUUCAUAAAGCUCGUAAAAUAAGAUAAUUGUGAUAGGAAUAUCGAAUAAUUAAAAUAUAUAUUUAAAUGAUGUAAAUACAAAAAUAUAUUAUAAUAGUUAAGUAUGUUAAAAUUAUUGUUGUUAUAUUUAGCUUAUAUAAAAUGUAUAGUGGCUGCCAAAGCGAAAAUUGAAUGUGGGUACAAGCAAUGUCCUCAAACGCGAGACGGGGCUCUGAACGUGCACCUGAUCUCCCACUCGCACAUGGACGCCGGCUGGGUGAAGACCUUCGACGAGUACUAUUAUGGCACUAAAACGUCGACAAGCUCUGCAAACGUCCAACUUGUUUAUCAUUCAGUGCUAUCAGAGCUGCUACACGAUAAACGAAGAAAAUUUACGUUCUCCGAAACGGGAUAUUUCUGGCGCUGGUGGAAGGAACAGAGGCCCACCACGCGCGCCACCUUCAGGACCCUCGUGCAGGAGGGCCGGAUCGAGUUCGCUGGCGGCGGCUGGGUGCACAACGACGAGGCCACUCCUGACUACCUGCAGAUCAUCGACCAGUACACUUGGGGACUCAGGAAACUAAACGACACCCUAGGCCCCUGUGGCAAGCCUAAAGCAGCGUGGCAGAUAGACACAUACGGCCACUCCAGAGAACAGGCGUCUCUGCUAGCACAGAUGGGGUACGACGGACUCUUUAUUGGUCGCGUGGACUAUAGAGAAAGGGAGACAAUGAUAGAGGAAGAUAGAAUGGAGUUCAUGUGGCGAGGAAGUGACGUGCUGGGAAAAAUGUCGGACAUAAUGUCGCACACACUUUUUAACCUGUACAACGCUCCCGAAGGAUUCUGCUUCGACUUCCUGUGCAAUGACGAACCGAUUGUGGACGAUCCUGAUUCUAAAGUAUACAAUGCUGAUAAACGGGUGAAUGACUUUAUAGCCCAAAUAGAAAGGCAGGCGAAGUACUACGAUCAUGAUAACAUCAUGGUGACUAUGGGGGGAGACUUCACGUAUCAGAGUGCUGCCAACUGGUUCGUCAACAUCGACAAGUUAAUCAACCAUGUGAACACUCACCCGGCGAACCUGUCGGACAUCAAUAUAUUCUACUCCACGCCGUCGUGCUAUCUGAAAGCCAUUUAUUUAUAUGGAAGGAGAGAUAAGGCCGUGUUCACUGAAAAGGGUGAUCACCUGCCAUACGCCAGUGACACGACCACUUACUGGACCGGCUACUACACCUCCAGACCCAGCCUCAAGUACUUGAUUAGAAGAGCGCAUGUAUUUCUACAGGUAGUAAAACAACUGACAGUGCUAGCUCGUAUGGGUGAUUCGUACGAACUGCACCUCCUGCGGCAUGCUGUGAGCCUGGUACUGCACCACGAUGCUAUCACAGGAACUAGCCAACAGCACGUAACAAACGAUUUUAUAAGAAUCUUGGCAGAAGCUAUGGAGGCUUGCUCGAAGAAAAUAUCCCAUCUAUUAAGUUAUUUGACGCCCACAUGGGGCGGCAGCAGAAGAUCAAAAAGUAACCAGCAGUUCUUCAUCUGCCAUCAACUCAACAUGAGUCAGUGCUCUUUUACAGAAAUGCAAGAACCCGUCCUGCUGUUAGUCUACAAUCCAUUGAGCACUAAAACAUACUUCCACGUCAGGGUUCCAGCAUUCGCCCUGCAUUACUCCAUCAGGGAUUACAAUGACGAAGAAGUAGAGUACCAGUUAGUAUCCCUACCAGCGUCCAUGAUCAACCUACCAGGGCGGAGCUCCACGUCCAUCCAGGAGUUGUUCUUCGAAGCUGAAAAUAUCCCACCCCUGGGAUUCACGGCGUAUUACAUAACUCCAGUGAGGGAUCAACUAGAGGAAAAUGCCUUCGCCAAGAAAAAGGUGUCUGAAACCGUUAAUAAUGCAGACGAAGAACUAACUCCACACAUAUCUAAUGAGUACCUCAAAGUGUUAGUGGACAAGACGACAGGGCUCCUGUCUUCCAUCCAGCACAUAGACGGAGUCAGGGUCGAGGUUGCGCAGAACUUCUUUUUCUACAGCCAAGGUCAGCAGAUCAUGCAGUCAGGAGCCUACACCUUCCGACCGGAGAAGACGAGGCCGAAGCCUGUGACAGACCGAGUAUCCUACACGACAGUCCGCGGGCCUUUGGUCAAGGAGAUCAGGCAGAGGUUCAAUGACUGGUUAACCCAGAUCAUAAGGCUGUACCGAGGCGAAGAAUUCGUCGAGCUGGAGUGGCUGAUAGGACCAGUACCGUUUGGAAAUGAUCUGGGCAAAGAAGUGGUUAGUAUCUUCACCACAAAUAUAACGAACCACGGAGAAUUCUUCACCGACUCAAACUCGCGCCAGAUGAUGAAGAGAACUUGCUGGAACCAUACCGCUAAUCAUCAGAAAAAGCCACUGCCAGCAUGCUACUAUCCUGUGACGUCACGCAUCUGCAUCCAUUCUGCCAACAGCAGUGUGGAGAUGUGCGUACUGACCGAUAGGACUCAAGGAGGCACUUCUUAUAAUGAGGGGGAAAUCGAGUUGAUGAUCCACCGUAGAUUACUUACAGACGACGGCUUUGGGUUAGAAGAAUCAUUGAACGAAGAAGAGUUUAAUAUACCAUUAGUUGUGAAAGGAAAACACAGGAUUAUUUUUGGAAAUUUUAAACAAGAAGUGGAUGACCUAACAUUUUCCGAGCGAGCUGCCCAGGCAGCGAGGCGAUGGCAAAUGGAGCCAUGGCUGUUCUUCACUUCAGGAGAGAAGAUCAGCAGGAGGAAGUGGCAGAAUGUUAGAAAUAAGCGGUUUUCAGCUUUGAAACUCCACGGUCUGCCGCGUCACAUCCACGUUCUAACAUUGGAGCCGUGGAAAGGAGGUUCCGUACUACUCCGUUUGGAAAACACCCUGGAGACUACCAAUAGAGAAAAGGCCGAUGCCGCCGAGGACUUUACAAAACCUUCGCACAUCACAGUAGAGCUGAGGAAGAUAUUCCUGCAGAUGGAGAUCAGGAUGGUGCGAGAGACCACGCUAGCCGCCAAUCAGUGGCUAGACGACGCCAGGCAAAUGGACUGGAGUACCAGAUACGUAUACAACGGUUCUGAGGACGGUAUCCUGCCUGAAGAUGUUGAAGACACUGAGGAUAAACCAGUUAAACAAGUUGAUGUUAAAGAAUCUGAUUCUUAUGAAGAACCUAGAUAUACGAGAGACAAAUUCUCGAGACCAAAGUAUCACGAAAAGUCUAGAUUUAAAACCAACUACGAUCCUUUCCUGAGACGAAAAAGAUCUGUAAAUUCAACUAUAAAUAUAUUAGACAAUAUUAUUAACGAUACAAAAUAUACACCUAAUUACAUACUUAACACUACUAAAGAAAGAAAUGUAUUUAAGAAUGCAUCAGUUAAAACACAAUUGGCAAAUUUAGCAGUAACUCUGAAAUUACCGACGCUAAGUUUUCUAAGUAAGAAGCCAAGACAUUCUGACGACUGGACUUCGGAAGUUACUUCUUCGGAAGAAGACCUGUCGACUAAUUUGAAGAAGAGAUCUCACGUGUCCAAAAACGGGAGGCUAAAAAUGGGCUCUUACGAAGAUUUCAUCUAUGACGACUCAGACGAUGGCGUCACAAAAUCAAUAUAUGAAAUGUACUACAAAGUGAAACCCCGAAGGAAUUCCUUUAAACCCUUCAUAAGAAGCUCGGAAGAAGAAGAAAAGCCAAGAAGAAAGAAGAAGACUCGAGUUAUGAACGAUUAUGAUGAUGUCACUACUAGAAAGAAUAAGAGACAUAGGAAAGCCAAAGGGAGAGGGGAGAAGCAGUACUUUAUAGCCGAGAGUGGGAGAAAAUACUUUAUUGGAGAUGGUCAUAGAAGUGAUAGAAGAAGAGGAGAGGAUACCGAAGAGUAUCAGAUGAGAGAAGCCGUUACCAAAUCCUACCUAAUAACAAGAGGGAAAAGAAUAAAGAAGUCUUCUAAAGAAGACGAAUAUUCAGAUGUAGAAGAUACGCUCACAGAAUAUAGAGAGAAUAAAAGAACUAGGGUAAAAAGGACGCUCCAAGAAGACCAUCCGGAACCGAAUUCGGAAGAACCAGAUCCCACAGAACCGGACUACGUGGUCACCUUGCGACCCACGCAAAUUCGCACUUUUGUCAUUUGGUUCGAAAGCAGCAAGAACUAUGCCAAAUAGAUUAUAAAUAUAGUUCCACAAUACUGUCAGUAAAUGAAGAUAUUACUUAAAAUGUCACCAUAAGUCUUUUUAUCAUUUGUGAGUAAUGGGUGUUCUAAUACUUGUGAGGGUCAAUACUUUUCCCCGAACAAUAAAUUAUACAAAACCCAAAGUUACAAAAAAUCUUAACAAAAAAAAAAAUUUGAAGAGAUAAUAAAAUUAUCCCACUACGCGUCCACUCUUUCUCAAAGUAUCUAACAUACGAAAUAACAAUUACUGCCUCAUUUGUCAACAAGUUAAAUGCAGUCCACGGUUGUAUUUUUUUUGUGUGCAAUAAAACGGUAUAUUUAUGUCAAAACUAAUAAAAAAAAAAUAUUGUCUUCUUAUCGCUUACACAACACACAGUUUAUGUGUCAAUGGGGUAUGUGGGUCUUGUUAAAUGUUUUUAUUUAUAAAUAAAUAAAAUACACCAAUUUUUCUACAAUAUAUUAGCGUUAUACAAUAUGUAAAUAAGUUACAAAGGGUAAAAUAAAUGCAGACGUCUUUGUCAGACAAACAGUUUCAAAAAUACCGCAGCAUCACAACGGAAAGAACUGAUCAGGAAUCGAAUUUCCAAUCCAAAUUUUCAUCAACACACACGCUUUACACAUAACCGAAAUCGUCCUAGGCAUCAGUCUUAAGUGGGAGUUUUUGCGCAAACUACAGCGCGCAAUUAUUUUUUUACCAUUCGCCCAUAUAACUUGUUUUGUACUUAGUAUAUUUUGUUGCCUAAUAGAGGCGUUAUGCAAAUUACAAACGCACCUUAAAAUGUAAUAUGCGACGUUGUGCGCGAUUCGGCUUUUUUAUUGAUUUGUUCAUGUGUAGCGAGAUAUAGUAUUUAUAAAAAGUUUUAAAUAAAAUCGGGUAUUACAUGCAAAAGAAUCAUAGGAUAUACCAAUUAAAAUUACAUCAGUCAAUAAUUUUCAAAUAUUACAUAAAAUAUACUGCAUAAGAUAAUAAUACUACAUUAAAGAAAUCAUCACAAAAAAUUGUUAACAUUUAGUUUAAGAUGUAAAUAGACAAAGCAUGGAUAACCACCAUUUCCAAACGAUCCCAAUCUUUUUUUCGAUCUAUGUAAAAAAUGGAUCAAUCAGAACAAUUUAUUUUGACAUGCUUACAAAUGAGUUAUUUCGAUUGGUUCAUUCGAGGAAUCGGAUUGAAGAUUGAGAUUAGGAUCUUAGAUUGAAAACGAGAUGACAACAGUUUUAUUUACAUAUUCACGUAGAUUUUGCUGUAGUUAUUAAAGCAUCGCUUAUAUGAAUUAAACAAUACAUAGUCAUCUUUCCCAUUGUCCUCUGGCUACAAUUUGGAUCCUACAAAUUAUAGAAAAUAGGGUCCAAAAACUUUAUCUCUAAGGAUUUAAUAUUGUAAAAAUUAUUGUUUAUCAGAUGUUCUUAUGUCUAUAGUUUAAAAUGUAUAUACAUUGUCAGGUUAUGCAUGCAACAGUUUUGUUAAUUCAGAUUAAUCAAACUAUUUUGUUACAUUAUUGAUGUGAUCAAAAAGCAAUU